AUGACGGCGAUUCCAACCUUAUUCGCUUUGAAAAGAACGAGACGAGGACGUGGGUGUUUUUUCGUUUUCGUUUUUAUCGUUUGUGCUGCGGCUUUCUUUGUGUCCACCCCGGUUUCCGCUGAUGUUUCUGUGACAGACCCCUGGGAAGAUUCUGAUGAUUUUGGAGUGCAACAACAACAAGAACAGUUCACGAGAGGAAGACUCAGACGGAGAGUAACGACUCGAGACGAUGAAAACGAAGAGGACGACUUUGCCGCGGUGUCGUCAUCGUCUGUAUCAUCAAAUCACGAGAGCAGCAGUAGUAGUAAAAGUAGUAAAAUGAAAGCAGUGUUGAACGUGUUGUUGGAACGGUAUCGAAGCAGGCACGACAUAAACGACAUCGAAGACGAAGGAGAGCUUUCGACGAACGCGGAGGUGAAAAGACUCGUGUUUCCUACUUCACGUUUGAACAACGAAAAGGAAAACGGAGGAGAUGUGGGAGAACACGCUUUUGAUGAUUUAGACGCGAUGAUGUUAGGAGGGAGCGGCGAGAGCGCCGCCGGUACUACCACGACGACGACGACGAGUAACUCCGUCGAUGUCGUCUCGAGCGAAGAGCGAUACAUCGAUCAUCAGGCGUCGAUCGAAGCGACGGCGAUGAACCACGACGGAGAAACGGACGACGCGAGUCAUUUGCAGAAGGAGAAGGAGAGAGACGAGAAGGAGUUGAAGAGUGCGCAAGAGCUGAAGAACACGGCGGCGACGACGACUUCUUCGAUGACGACGACGAGUGAAGCUGUCAACGCAACCUCGGUGAAAAAGAGAGCGUAUAGUUACUGGCUCGAUCGAGAAUUGGAUCCGGCGUUAGGCCAAAUCGCUUGGAGAGCAAUGCCGGGAGACGCUUUCAUUCUCCGCGCGCAAAAACGAGCGAAAGAGAACCCGUCCAACUUGAACUUUCAAGAAGAGUUUGCCAAAGCGAUGGAAAUUGACUUCCCAGACGUGGCGAGGAAAGCCAUGCUGCCUCUCUGCGACUCUCCUCCGGAUAAAUUCGACGAAAGCGCUUUACCGAAAACUAUGACAUCGGGAAACGCCGUUUGUAAACCGCGCGAUUUACACGCCACGCCGCACUGUUUCGAUUGCGAUUUAAACUCGGAUCUGUCCGUGUCCGCGACGUGUAUAUCGCACGCGUGGGUGCAAAAAUCCUCCGAAGAAAUGAAGUACAUGCACAUGGCGUCCAUAGUGAGUUUAAAAAACGGCGACUUGCUCGCCUCUUGGCAACAAGCGAAAGAGAGAGAAGGCGACGGGGAUCAACACAUCGCGCUGUCGUUAUCCAAGGACGCCGGGAUCACGUGGUCAGCACCGACUCGAUUGUUUGGUCUUCGAUCUGACUCGGCGCGCGCCGGCGGCGACGGUCCCAUGUGGGGUCCAUCCAUGAUGAAGGACGAAGAUGGCGUCAUUUCCUUAUUCUAUUCGCAAUCGAGCAAAUGUCGCGUAAAUCCAGAGUUGAGAGAGGAUGGAUGGAACCCUGGAGGAGAUAUUCUGAUGACCCAAUCGGAAGACGGCGAGGAUUGGUCCUACCCAGUUGUGCUCUCGAGCCAAGGCGAAGGUUGGCCGUUAGUCACCGCGAACCCACCGGUCGUCAUGCGAUCCGGAUCGGGAGGUACGAAUUGGGCCAUCCCGGUUUGGAGAGAAAGCCCGCGAAAAUCCACGUGCGAUCCGCAAGCGCAAAUGCGAGCGAUGAAAGAGCUGAACCCGUUAAUUAACGACGCUUUAUCCGCGGGCGUUUUACGAGGCGACGUGUCGUGCACGGAGGAUAAAAACAGAGCCAGGCGUCUGUGCAAAGCGUGUAAACACGAAUUGUCGCAAAAAGGCUUCGAUACGUGUUUAUCCUUAAAAUGCCCAAACGUGGCGAAACAAAAUCGCAAGUGCGAAGAUCGUUCGUGGACGGAACAGCUGACGUUAUCGAGCAACAACACGUGGCUCAUUGAAGGUACCAUCGUGCGGUACAAAGAACGCGAACUCGUUCAAUUCUUCCGAACGGCUACGGGUAAAAUCUACCGCUCGGAAUCAGACGACGGCGGCAUUAGCUGGACCUCCGCGGGGCCUAUUGAACUCCCGAAUCCAAACUCGAAAAUCAACGCCAUCGUUCUCUCCGACGGCCAAACCGCCAUCGCCUACAACUCCCACGAUCGACAAUACGGAUUAAAACAAAUGCGCGUCAACUUAACCGUGGCGGUUUCUCCCGACAGAGGUAAAAACUGGGCCGUGUUGGCGCAAAUCGAAGAAGUCCCCGGCUCGCGCGCCUAUUACGCCUCGGCUCCAAUAAACAGGCCAUUAGUCCAUUACCCGACCAUGUUACAGCGAGGAUGCCAUUUAUACGUCGCUUACUCCGUCGCUUUCAAAGAGUGGGAGAAAAAGGAGAACUCAGAAGCUGGAAUACGCGUCGCGCGGUUGGAUUUGAACUUCUCGAGGCGACGGUGUCAACAUUCUCGAUGCGUCAAGGAACGCGCCAAGAAAGAUCAGGAAAUCGAAAGGUCAUCAUCAUCUAUUAUUAUGGCGUCGUCCUCCUCCUUAUCCUCCUCGUCCUCCUCGUCCUUUGAACCAGGAGAAUAA